AUAAAAGAUGGGAGGCAGGCUGUGGUUCUCAACCAGAUCCACAGGCAGACAUCUGGGAGACAGAGAGACAGAGACUGAGGGAGCCGGAGCGCUAGCCACGCGGAUCUUCGGAAGCCGAAAUGUAUCGGUCGACGAAGGGAGCUUCCAAGGCACGGCGAGACCAAAUCAAUGCGGAAAUCAGGAAUCUUAAGGACCUGUUGCCCAUAGCUGAAGGGGAUAAACUCCGAUUGUCAUACCUGCACAUCAUGUCUUUGGCAUGCAUCUAUACUCGGAAAUCCAUCUUCUUCUCCAGAGGUACAACUUCAGAAGGCGUGGAGGGAUUGCUUUCUUCCCAAGACUUGGAUGAUUUCAUGCAGACGCUUCCGGGCUUUCUUCUGGCAUUCACCGGACAGGGCAAACUCAUCUAUGUGUCAGAAAAUGUUGCUGAGCACCUGGGACACUCUGUGGUGGACUUGGUUGCCCAAGGGGACAGCAUCUAUGAUAUUAUUGAUCCAGCGGAUCACUUUGUGAUGAGGAACCAGCUGGCCCUGCCCUCUCCAACAGAUACCAGUCGACUCUUCCGUUGCCAUUUUAACACUUCCAAGACUAUCCGGAGGCAAAGUGCGGGAAACAAGCUAGUUCUUAUCCGAGGGAGCUUCUACCAGCCACCAGCUGGUUCCUACUGGUCCACUAACCCGGUCUUCACUGCCUUUUGUACUCCUCUGGACCCCAAGCCCAGAAUCAGUCCAAAUUCAUUCUUCCUGUCCUCAUUUGAGAGUCGGCACACAAAAGAUCUUGCCAUUGUGGACAUAUCUGAAAGUGUGAUUUUUCACUUGGGCUAUGAGAAAAGCGAGCUUUUACGCAAGUCGUGGUACAGCCUGAUCCACCCGGAAGAUCUCACUCAUGCUUCUGUACAGCACUACCGACUGUUAGGUGACACGAACGAAACCCAAGCUGAAAUGGUCCUCCGACUCCAAACGAAAGAUGGCCUGAAUUGGAUAUGGAUCUACUCGCUUCUCCGCUUGGAGAAUACUGAUGUCCCUAUCAUUUGCCACAGCUAUAUCAUAAGUGAUUCUGAAGCCUGGUGCCUCAAGCAGCAGCUGACCACCGAAGAAACCCAAGUGGCUUAUGUCCUUGGAAGCACACCACCUUUCCUAGAAGGUCUUCUGUCUCCAGGGCAGCUCUCCAGCCCUGAUCAAGUCUUCACACCUAUGGCUAGCACCCCAACCAGCAGUGCUGCUGUGCCAUCCUUUGAUUUUAGUGCUGUAGGUGGCACAGACUGCCCUUCGGGAUUCACAGAGACAACCUCUGCCGGUCUGCCCCAGGAGCUGAUAGAGCCUGGAAAUAUCUCCUCCAUGGAGGAGGCCCCUGGCUCCACACUCAGUCUCCUCGGCAAAGGCCCAGCAUUCAGCUAUGUGAUUGUACCAACCGGCUAUGAGCAGACUUUAAGAAGGGACAACCCUGGUGGCUCCUCCAAAGACUUUGUAUGCACCCCUCCCUAUACGCCCCACCAGGGCUCUGCCUUCCUCUUUGCCACCCAGGAGUCUUACACCUCAAGCUCUGCCCCAGCAGCUUUGCCUCCAGUGACUACUCCUGCUCCGUCUGCAGCCCCCACCACUACCACCAUCACCACCACCUCCUCUGAGCUGUUCUACACCCAGGAACAAUGCAGUGCUCUCUAUGAGAAGUUACCGCCUACCCCGGACAGCCCUGGUAAUGGGGACUGUACCGUCAUGACCUUGCCUGAGAUCAGAGGUCCUCUCUAUAUUGAUGUGCCCAUGGUGCCCGAGGGGAUCCUGACUCCGGAAGCCUCACCCAUCAAACAGACUUUCUUCAGAUAUUCUGAAAAAGAGAAGAAUGAGAUCAAACUACUGGCCCAGCAGAUCAGCAGCUUGGCUGAAGCUUUCAGCUCCAUCCCUUCCAGAGAGCUGGCCAAGAACAGUCAGGUUGCUGUUGACUUCUCUGCACUGGCCGCCAUCCCUGAAGCAUGCCUGGACUUCCAGCUUCCAAAGAAUUGGAGGAGUGUUGACUUCUCCUUGUUGACCUGUCCAGAGGAAGAUCUCCUGGAAGAGGAUGCUCUUGAGACCCUUCUCCAAGACCUGUCUGCCUCUCUGUUCGAGAAAGGUGGCACAGGUAUGAGGUGCCCUCACCACCAGUUCUGCGGUGGGAAUGUCAGUAGUCCAGUGAGCUUGGACAAUGAAGAUAGUAGCCAAGGAGCCUUGGCUCCCUCGCCCAGCAUGGACCUGCCUCCAGAAGAGCGAUGCUUUUUGGAAGAACUGGCCUCCUAUGAAACAGCCUUUGAGACACGUGCCUCAAACUCUCCCUGUGAUGGGUUAGAUGAGUUGUAUCAACUCCAGAGCCAUAUGCAAGAAGGCUUCCAUGAAGAUGGAAGCAAAAGUGACCCUUCGUUUUGAAAUAAGUCCGUGACUUACUUCUCCGAGUAUGGCAUAUUGUCAUAACCAAGGAUUUCCUUCUGCUAAACCCCACUGAAUGCACUCUAAUGGUGAACCAAGAGGAUGUCUGCCUGGUGUCCUGCGAUGGGGGUUUCACAAGAAGGACUUUUUUUGUUUGUUUUUUAAAUAACAAAAAAAUUAUCUUGAUUCUGAGACAUCGAAGCUGAUCAGAGCUAAGGAAAGGACCAUUGUAAGGGGACUUACACAUGUUAUUGUAUUCACUCGUAGUGAGUAACCUUGUAUGUAAUUUACUAAGAAGUCUAAGGCGGGACCCUGCGCCUUGGCUGCUUCCAAGGGCAUUCAACGCACAGUUGGAGCAAAACACCUGUGCAGCAAUUCUGCACAUUAUUUGGGAAUGACUCAUCUUCUCCCAGUUCAUCCCCCACCCAGACAACAGAAUGUGUAGGUGGUAAUAGAACCUACAACAGUAAGGGCCAAUGGCUGGCAAUGUGUUACUGUUAUCUUUUUUUUUCUUGCUGCUAUCUUCUGCUAAACUUCUGUUCCAAAGAAAUCUCAACAAUUCAAGCUUUAACUCACCCAGUACUGAUGGGGUGGUAUUGUUAGUUUUCCUUCAGUAACCUUCCUCCUUUUAAUUUCUCAGAACUACUCUGGGAGAUUAAUCCAUUUCUAGUUCCAUGACCAUCAGUGUUCACAUCCAUUGAAUCCAUUUUUUUUCCAUUCUGGGAUGAAUGUCAGACCUGGCAGAGAGAUUGCCUGCAACAAUUGUUAUCAAAGGGACGAGUACCCUUUGCGAAGGAUCAAGGAAGCAAUACACCUAGCGGAACCUCUUGCCACCGGCCUUCCAGUUGCAAAUUAGCAAGGGCAAUUGGUGCGUUCCUCAAGUCCUCCUUUUGGACCAUCAUAAUAGAUUCUACUCUGAGUCACAGCCUCAGGACCAAUGGAAUUUUGCUGCUGUGAAGGCCAGACUAGGUGAUCUAUAGGAAUCCUUAUCAGUUGUGAUAGAUUUGAAUUGUGAAUGGUGCCCCUUUAACUGAAAAGUCAGGCAUCAAUAUCUCUCUGCCAGCUCCAACCUCCCCAGACAUUUCUUACUGGCUUUCAGCAGAAUAUACCGAUAUAUUUUGCUCCUAACAUGAUUUCAUCUGCUCUGUUCAAAACAAGUAUUUCCUGUUUCUGCAGGAUCCCAGCGUGAGCUUGUUGGAAUGAUUUUUAGAACCCCAAAUGUCUUCCCCGGUCAUGCUGCAAUGUACAGCAACCAUGAGUAGGGGGAGACAUACUGGUCCAGAUGAUGGUACGGAACAGAAAUGUUUAUAUAUAUAUAUAUAUAAAUACUACUAGCUAUCUAAAUAUAAUUUAACAAAAAACAAAACAGUUUUGUAAGAGAGCAUGUGAAAUUCUCCAGGAUUCUGUCCAAGUCUUUUGUUCUGAACACAAAUUUAUGGGUCCGAUAAUGGAGAUCUGUGCUUCUCCCCUUUUCCUUUCUUUGUUCAAAAGGCAAAUGUCUGAAACCUGUGUGGUGGCACCCCCCUGUCUUCGGAGCGGUGCCAUCUCUCUCUGUAGAAUUAUCUACGAUCAAGUAUCAGGAUUGAAUCCUCUGAACUCUUUAAAUGAAUCCUCACAUUGUCAGAAUGUGGGAUAGUGUAAUAAUAAUAAUAAUAAUGUACAAUUGUAACACAAAAGAAGACUGGGUUUGCUUUUAUAAAAACAGAAGACAGAAAUGUCAGCACAUCUGAAGCUGUAUAUUACUGGAGCUCUGUGUACUAUGUAUGGGGUCUUUGUGCAGCAAAUUCUUGACCUAUGUUGGGUCUGGAUGUGAAUAUUUUGGAAUAAAAGUGAUUUUUUAAAAAAAAA